CUGGGAAGAUUUGAAUACAAUACUCACUCCUUCCCUCGAGUCCCUCUCUAAUUGUUUUUUUUUUCUCUCUCUCUCUCUCUCGACAUUUCCAGGGAAGAGUCACCUUAUGACAAGUUGAUUCUAGCAUACAGAUGGGCGCCAUCGUAUUGCAAGAAGGAGGACUGUGUAAUCCAUUUAACAGCCAAGAAAGAGUGGACCAUACGCGGGCUGUGGCCUUACAAGAACGGUGAGGAAACUAACCCCGAAAAUUGUCCAGGGCCUAGCUACGACAGAAAUGUCAUCAGUAACUUGCGUCAAAAGAUGAUCAAGAAAUGGCCUACGUUCAAGAGGGGAGGAACUAAUGACAAGUUCUGGAAAGAAACAUACGAGAAAUACGGAACAUGCAUCAAAGAUUUGACAAAGUUCAACACCAUCAACAAGUACUACAAAAACACAAUGGACCUCUACGACAAGUACAAAAUGAAAGAAAUCCUCGCAAAUGGCGACUCGCCUGUAACGCCCUCUAUCACGAAGAAAUAUAUCUUGUCUGACGUCACUUCAGCUCUGAAUAAAGGACUUGGUGUGAACCCAGCCGUAUACUGUGUGGAGAAGGAUAAUGAGCAGUACCUAUGGGAGAUCCGGAUGUGCUUCAACAAGAAAUUGAAAGCAAUCAAUUGUGGAACAUCUCACGAAAACGGGGAUAAGUGUGACUCCGAGAAGAAGAUAUCUUACCCUAAAUUUCCCCCUUUAGUGAUCGGUUAAUCCUCGGAAACAUUCGACGAUCUCGCCUCCCAGUCCCUGAUCGAUGUCGCUUAGAUGGGUGCGAGAGAGAUGGAUGAUGAGUGAUGAUGACGUCGUCGAGGAGGAGGAGGAGGCAGAGGGGUGGGAAAGUCUUGUAACAGGAGACGCAUAGAAUUAGAGUACGAUGGUAGGCGCAAGAAAAUUGGAAAAAGAAGCAUGUUAUGUACAAUGGAACAUUUGAGGCCAUCUUUUAUUAUGACUAAAAAUCAUCUUUUAUUAAUUGGGAAACUUGUUGUUGGCGUCCUGCGAGUUAUAUUAUUUUUCAUGUCAUUUCUUUUUACGAACAAUUUAAAACAAUUAUGUGAAUACGUAGCAUAAUUAUAGUAUAAUAUAUUAAACAAGUACAGCAUAUCCAUUAAUUUAAUAAAUAUGUAUGAAAUCAUAAACUCAUAACUAAAAUAUUUUGUAUGAGAAUUAGAGAACUCGGGAAAUAAUAACAUUAAAUAAAAUAUUACAUGAUUUAUGAAAGUAGAAUUUGUUUCAAAGCUGUUUCUUUGCUUUAAUACGGGUGUAAAAGAACGUCAAGAACAAAUAAGGUGAGCAGAAUAAAUUAACUAAUUGUUAUUCAAACAUUAUUGAUUCAUUAACCUUGAACAAGUCAUCCAACGAAAUUCAACAAAAUUAAUCAAUUUAUCUGAAGGAAGAUCAUUAUUUUAAAAAGAAUUGGUCAUGUUGUUAAUUUAAUGCUUUCGAUUUGGAGUUAUGAUAGUAAUGUUUACACAUCUCAAUAAUUAAAACAAAGUCGUUGCAAUAAAAGCGUGAUUAUUUGGCAAGGAA